CGCAUAUCUCCGCCUUCUCUUCAGCAGCCCUGCUAGUGUUCCUGAGCGAAGACUUCCGGAGCUCGCGCUUUAACUGCAGGUCUCGAGAAGCCAAUUCCCCGUGAAAUACAGUGUAAAUAAAUUAUUUGAUCAUUAUAGUAUCGAUCUGCUCAAGUAACGUAAUCUCGAUAAAUUAGAUUGCAGGGAAGCGUUGGUGUUUGUGUGAGAUAAGCAGUAUUAGCAUGUGUCAGAUCGUACACACGUCAGCUGCAGACUGACACACAACUCUGAUCGAGUUUAAUUCACCCACUGAGAUCAUGAUUGGGGCAUGCAGCUGUUUGAGCUGGACACAGACUGCAUCAGAUUGAGUAAGGCCAAGCCGAGCGUUGCUAGCAGCGGCUGUCUGAAACUGAGCCUCGCCUUUGUGUUUACAUCCGGCAGAAAUACAUCAACAGCGGCCGGAGCUCCGCGCAGCUCACCGAAGACACUGGACUCCAGGUCUUCUAAUGUAGACAUUUCUACCUCAUACUGCCCCCUACAUCAAUCCCAGAAUCCUCUGCUGCAGCUGAACACUGGAUUGCCGCUGUGACAUCCUGCACCUCCAGAUCAGGGACUGCCUCACUUACAGGAUCUCCACCUCACGCGGCUGUCUCUGCUUACCUCACUUCUUGUUUGCGUGUGGUUUCACCGGCACGCUGGACUUCAAAAGCUGGGUGGAAACUCAUGGGAUACAAACAUGUCAGAAGUUGGAGAGCGUCGGCCAGUCAACACUGACUAUGCCGUUUCUGUGCUGGAGCAACUCAAGUUCUUCUAUGAGCAGAAGUUGUUGACUGACAUCACUCUGCUGGUGGAGGACAAUGAGUUCCCUUGCCAUAAGAUGGUGCUGGCCACCUGCAGCUCGUACUUCAGAGCCAUGUUUCUGAGCGGCCUCAGUGAGAGCAAACAGACACAUGUUCACCUGAGAAAUGUUGACCCUGCAACGCUCCAGACCAUCAUAACGUACGCUUACACCGGCAACCUGCUCAUCAAUGACAGCACUGUGGAGCCGCUCUACGAGACGGCCUGUUUCCUUCAGGUGGAAGAUGUUUUACUGCAGUGUCGCGAUUACUUGGUCAAGAAAAUCACUGCUGAAAAUUGUGUCCGCAUGCUGAGCAUCGGUGACCUAUUCAGCUGCACCGAGCUGAAGCAAAGUGCGAAGUGCAUGGUGGAGCACAAAUUCCCUGUCGUCUACCGUCAAGAGGCCUUCCUGCAGCUCUCACAUGAGCUACUGCUGGAUCUCCUGAGCAGCGAUAAUCUCAACGUGGAGAAAGAGGAGACGGUACGUGAGGCAGCCAUGCUGUGGCUGGAAUACAACAUGGAAGCGCGUUCUCAAUAUCUCUCUUCAGUCCUUAGCCAGAUUCGAAUUGACGCACUCUCCGAGGUGACCCAACGUGCCUGGUUCCAAGGUCUUCCACCAAAUGACAAGUCUGUGGUCGUGCAGGGCCUGUAUAAGUCUAUGCCAAAGUUCUUUAAGCCCAGACUGGGCAUGACCAAGGAAGAAAUGCUCAUUUUCGUAGAGGCUGAACCGCCAGCUGAAAGCCAUGUUAUUGGUCCACGUCACAUGGUCGUCUGUUACAGCCCACAAGCUGAGAAGGUCUAUAAACUGAGUAGCCCGCCUGGAGACUUGCAUAAAGUUGGUACAUUGGUCACUCCAGACAAUGACAUGUUCAUUGCCGGUGGACAGAUACCACUGAAGAGCACUCUGGCUAGCCACGGCAGCAAGAGUGGCAAGCUGCAGGCCGCCUACUGCUCAGUGAACAGUUUCUACUGGCUGGAUGCUCAACAGAACACCUGGGUUGCCAAAACGCCAAUGCUAUGCGCACGCACUAAGCCGUCACUAGUGUACUGUCAGGGUUUCAUCUAUGCGAUUGGUGGUGAUAAUGUGGGUGGUGAAUUGAAUAAGCGCACAGUGGAGCGAUACGAUUGCGAGCAAGAUGAAUGGAGCAUGGCGAGCCCUCUUCCCUGUGCCUGGAGUUGGAGCACGGCAGUAACGGCCCGCGAUUGCAUCUAUGUCAUGACCCAUGACCUCAUGUACUGUUACUUCCCUCGAGCGGACACUUGGGUUGAAAUGGCCAUGCGACAAACUAGUCGAUGCUUUGCUUCUGCUGCUGCAUUAGGAGACCUCAUCUUCUACAUUGGUGGUCUGCACGUGGUGGGCAACUCGGGCUUGCGUCUACCAACUAGCACCAUCGAUGGCUCCUCCGUUACGGUGGAAAUAUACAAUGUCAACAAAAAUGAAUGGCGUCUGGCUGCCAACAUCCCAGCCAAGCGGUACUCAGACCCCUGCGUGCGUGCAGUGGUGCUGCUGAACAUGCUCUGCAUCUUUAUACGUGAGACGCACUUAAACGAGCGGGCAAAGUACGCUUUGUAUCAGUACGACCCGGAGCUCGAUCGCUGGUGCUUGCGGCAACCCGUGUCAGAGCGCGUGCUCUGGGACCUUGGGAAAGAUUUCCGUUGUGCCGUUGGUAAACUAUACCCAUCCUGCCUUGAGGACUCUCCCUGGAAGCCGCCCACCUACCUCUUCUCAACUGAUGGAGCUGAGGAGUUUGAGGUGGAUGAGGACAUGGAGUCGCUGCCUCACGUGUAGUGAACAGAAUCUACUUGGAAACAAACCUGUAAUUUAUCCACCCUUCUGGAAUAAUGCUCUUGUAUUUUAUGGAACUCUUUGAAGUGUAAGAAAGAUGAAUGAUGGGCUUUCUCGAUGAGAACAUUUUCCUUAAAAACUAGUAUAUUUAUGGAGAUCAGACAUUUAAUUGGAGUUUAAAACAUUUAAUUGAAAGGCUAUAAUUUGAACCCCACCCCUCUUCAACAAGCCACCUCACAUGCGGUUUUGGUUCUUCUGAUGUCAUAGUGAGUUGUUCGCCCAAGAGCAUAUAUGUUUCUCCAAAAUACUGGCUAGUCACAAAUUUUUUUAAUUUCUGUGAUCAUACAUUUGGCAUUCUUUUUUUGACUAUUUGAUUUAAGUAGUUUAAGAAGUGAUCAUUUCAAUUAAACCAACUGCAGUUAAUAAUAUUAGCAACUGUACAAACCCCCAACAUUUUGUACUGUUCUGUUCACGUUCGUCUUCCAGAAAGAAAGGAUUUAAUCCUUGUCGGCAGUAUAUGGGAGGGUCAACAGUCAGCAAGUUUUUUUUACUGGGUGUCAUUUGACAUUUGCCUUGACCACUGGUUCGGUGACUUUCUUGACUGUUGUUGUAAGACAUACCUCUGUAUCAUCAUAGUUACUUUACAUACUCUUAUUGGUUUAUCUAAUGAUCCUUGAUGAACUGGCUUCUUUUGACCCUCAAAAGUGCAGGUCUCACGUUCACACCACAAACACUCUAUGGUUGCUCUAAGGUGAUUUACAGCCUGGUCUCUUAGUUCGUUUACCAUCGUCAUGUAGUUUGUUUGUUUUUUUAUCUUCCAGCUGCUUCUGUACUCUUGGGUGUUUGGACCUAUUCUUUAAGCAGUGGUUCAUUUGUAAAGGAUGAUCUUGAUUGGCUUAUUUCUAAAAGAGGGAUAGUUCAACCAAAAAUGAAAAUUCUCUCAUCAUUUACUCAUCCUCAUGCCUUCCCAGAUGUGUAUGACUUUCUUUCUUCUGCUGAACACAAAGGACAUACACAAAAAAUAUUUGUGUAUAUUCUGCAGAAGAAAGUCAUACAUAUCUGUGAUGGCAUGAGGGUGAUUAAAUUGAGAGAAUCUUCAUUUUUGGGUGAAAUCCCUUUUAAGAAGGGCAUCAUCACGCUCAUCAGCAAGUUAAUUUAUAUAUUUGUCCUUCUCUUUGAGACAAAUACAAAAUAUUGCUCGGCACAAGUACUUUUGUUUUCCAUCAAGUGUUAUGUUGGUUUGUUUUAAAACUGUUAUACUUGGAUACUGAAAGUGUGAAACUGAACUGAAACAGGUUAAAAUAAAUAAAAAGGCUACACUUCAACAUAAGUCUCAUAACAUAAGAGUAUUUUAAUGCCCUAGUAAAAACUUAUAAUCUGAGAUGACCGAUUAUUGAUGAUGAUGAUGAUGACUAUUGUUAUUAGUAGUAGUAGUAGUAGUAGUAGUACAACACCAAUUACAAAAAAGUUGGGACAGUAUGGAUAAUGCUAAUAAAAACAAAAAGGAGUGACAAAGUUGGGACAGUCGAGUGUUUACCACUGUGAAACAUAAUUUCUUCUAAUAACAUUUAAGCAUUUGGGUACUGAAGACACAAGUUUAAUUUAGAAAGCAGAAUUUUCCCCCAUUCAUCCAUUAUGCUGGUCCUCACCUGCGCAAUUGUAUGGGGUCUUCGUCCUGUUGGAAAAUGCAGGGACGUCCUUGGAAUCGGGGACUAAAAUCGAAAUGUUUUUCAUUUCAGUUUGUUCUGAGCAAAAACAGUAUUUUUUUGUUCCACAGCCUCCUUUUUAUAACGUUCUUUUUAAAAUGACAGUACUCUGAGCUAAGGGCUGGUGAACUACCAAUUGCAGUGUUGCCAGAUCUCGCAAGAGAAACAAGCAACCUGUUCUGGAAAAAGCCCAAAAUAAGCAAUUCAAUUUUUUCCUGUAUGGUGGAUUUAUCAGCAUAGAAAUCAUAAGCAUAAAAAAAAUUAACAGAGAAGUAUAAUUUUAAUUACAGAUCUGCUUCUCAGUCAAAACCCGGCAGCAUCAAAUCUAGAUUAAUUCUUCAUAUCUAACAAUAAUUCAGCAAAGACUUGGAAACAACCGAGAAAUGUGCUUUUUACUUCCUGUUAAUGUUUUCCUUUAUCUGGAUUAGGUUUGCCUAUAUGUAGUAUUUAUUCAUAGUUGUUAAAAAGGUCUUCAUUCACAGAAUGCUACAUCCACAACAGGCAAUUAGGCAACGAAAUGUGUGAUGCAGCAGUUUCCUUCAGAAUCAAAGCGUGUUUCAUUUUUUUUCAGGCAACAUGAAGUGCAGUUCCAAAAAUGAACUGUUAAAAAACUGUGAUAAACCCUUUGUCGUUUGGUUUCAUGAAAAAAUUACCAGAACGAAAUUAACCGGUUAUAACCGGUUACCAGCAUUUAAAAAUAAAGUUUUCACUCUGGAACAACUGAAAAUCACAUUGUUCCCAUUUUCGGUUACGUUAUGCAUUAAAUUUUGUUUGUUUUUCAUUUUUCAGAAUCCGAAUGAGCUUUAUUGCCAAGUAUGCUUUCACAAGGAAUUUGUCACAAUGCAAAUGCAACCGUAUAUACAUACAUAUAUACAAACAUAUACAUUUAAACAUAUAUACAUUAAUGACAUAAAAAUAAAAAAUACACUGGCGGCCAAAAGUUUGGAAUAAUGCAAAAAUGUUGCUGUUUUGGAAGGAAACUGUUACUUUAAUUCUCCAAAGUGGCAUUCAGCUGAUCACAAAAUAUAGUCAGGACAUUACUGAUGUAAAAAACAGCACCAUCACUAUUUGAAAACAGUCAUUUUUGAUCAAAUCUAGACAGACCCCAUUUCUAGCAGCCAUCAUCACUCCAACACCUUAUCCUUGAGUAAUCAUGCUAAAUUGCUAAUUUGGUACUAGAAAAUCACUUGCCAUUAUAUCAAACACAGUUGAAAGCUGUUUGGUUCAUUAAAUGAAGCUUAACAUUGUCUGUGUUUGUUUUUGAGUUGUCACAGUAUGCAAUAGACUGGCAUGUCUUACGGUCAAUAUUAGGUCAAAGAUGGCAAAAAAGAAACUGCUUUCUUUAGAAACUCAGUCAGUUUUGAGUAGUGAAGGCUACACAAUGCUUUGAAUUGCCAAAAAUAAAUAGAUAUCAUACAAAGGUGUACACUACAGUCUUCAAAGACAAAGGACAACUGGCUCUAACAAGGACAGAAAGAGAUGUGGAAGGCCAGAUGUAAAACUAAACAAGAGGAUAAAUACAUCAGAGUCUCUAGUUUGAGAAAUAGACGCCUCACAUGUCCUCAGCUGACAGCGUCAUUGAAUUCUACACGCUCAACACCAGUUUCAUGUACAACAGUAAAGAGAAGACUCAGGGGUGCAGGCCUUAUGGGAAGAAUUGCAAAGAAAAAGCCACUUUUGAAACAGAAAAACAAAAAGAAACAGUUAGAGUGGGCAUAGAAACACAGAUAAUUGGAAAAGUGUGUUAUGGAUCUUAACCCCACUGAGCUUUUGUGGGAGCAGCUAGACUGUAAGGUGCAUGAGACAUGUCCGUCAAGACAGCUACAUCUAUGGCAAGUGCUGUCAUUGCUGCACGUGGAGGAUUUUUGAUGAGAACUCUUUGAAUUAGUUUAAGAAGUUCUGAUUUUUUUUUUUUUUUUCAAAUUGUAAUAGUAAUUUUCACGUUAUUAAUGUCCUGACUAUAAUUUGUGAUCAGUUGAAUGCCACUUUGAUGAAUAAAAGUACCAAUUACUUUCCAUAAGAGCUUUCCAAAAUCUGUACAUUAUUCCAAACAUUUGGCCACCAGUGUAUGACUCGCUAAGUCAGACUUGAUGACUGCAGCCAAAGACAGAACGUUCUGACGUGUAGACUGAUGCUCCAGAUCUUCUCCAAUAAAGAAUCCUGAUGAAGCUGUACAUAUGUCUCCUGGUCUUCUCUUAGAGUUUCCAACAAUAGAAUCAGGCAAUGGUGAUAAACUGUGCAAAAAGUGAAACAUAUAGUUUAUAGUGAGGUAAUUUACAGUACAGAGGUCACUUCGAACGUUGAUUGUAAAAACCCAUUAACUUUAUUCAGUUUUUUAAUUUCUCAGUAACUUCUUUGACCUCGUGCAACCCCCGCUUCCAUGUUGUAUUUUGUCUUCACUAUAAACAACGCAUAAUUUUAAUUUACUUUUAAUAUUUUUCAACAUUAACACAUCUGUGGGUCAUUUCAUUUUAUUAUAAAUAUAUUUUAUUUUGUUAUCACUGUACAAUACAGUUCUGUUCAUUAACAUUAGUAAAUGCAUUGUAUUUACUAUGCAUUUUCACCUUAAGAAUAAAUGUAUUCAUCCAAAAGCUGAAC